GGAGGAGGCGGUGCGUGCCGCGCCUGCCAAAGCGAGGUCUUCGCCUCUGCGAGCGAGUCCCCGAGCCCCGCGAUCCGCCGGAGCUGCCGCCGGAGACCCGCGGGGCGCGCUCGGGGCGCACUGGGGGCGGCGCAGCCGGUCCUCCCGAGGCGCCUCGGCAGCCGGCCGCUGCCCUCGCCCCCGAGUCUCCGUGGCCGUUAGGGACCCGGCUAAGAAGGAAGGACGCUCCUCCGGGCGGGGGACGUUCCGCCCGGAAAAGACAGCAAGUUGAGUGCGCGCCCGGGCCCAGGGACCGAAGGCGGCGCCGCCCGCCGGCCAUGGACUGUCACUGCCCUUUCUGCAGCGGAGGGGACAUGGGGGCCCAGGAAGACUGAAGAGCCGUGCUCUUCGUGGACACUGCGCAGUACAGGACAGGGGACUGUCACCCGCGGUCCCCGUCCCCAGUGGUGCGACACCUUCACCCACUCCUGCAGCCCCGGCAGCCCCAGCACAGUCCCUCUGUGUCCUCAUCGCCCCGCCUGGAGAAAGAUGGCAUCCAGCCUGACCUGCACUGGGGUGAUCUGGGCUCUGCUCUCAUUUCUUUGCGCCGCAACCUCCUGUGUGGGGUUCUUCAUGCCUUACUGGCUCUGGGGGUCCCAGCUGGGCAAGCCUGUGUCCUUCGGCACAUUCCGGAGGUGCUCGUACCCUGUACACGAUGAGAGUCGGCAGAUGAUGGUGAUGGUGGAAGAAUGUGGGCGCUAUGCCUCCUUCCAGGGCAUCCCCAGCGCGGAAUGGAGGGUCUGCACCAUCGUGACCGGCCUGGGCUGUGGCCUCCUCCUGCUGGUGGCUCUCACGGCCCUCAUGGCCUGCUGCGUGUCGGAGCUCAUCUCCAGGACGGUGGGGAGAGUGGCUGGAGGCGUCCAGUUUCUGGGGGGCUUGCUGAUUGGUGCUGGCUGUGCCCUCUACCCCUUGGGCUGGGAUAGUGAGGAAGUUCGGCAGACUUGUGGCUACAUUUCUGGCCAGUUUGACCUGGGUAAGUGUGAGAUCGGCUGGGCCUACUACUGCACGGGAGCGGGGGCCGCCGCUGCCGUGCUGCUCUGCACGUGGCUGGCUUGCUUCUCCGGCAAGAAACAGAAGCAGUACCCAUACUGAGACGGUGCCCCCGAGGACAGACCCCCCGAGAACAGACCGUGGCGAAGAAGGGCCAGAGGGACUUGGAGGACUGAAGCAUCCAGCUGCUUUCAAAGGUGGAAGAGUGGUUCUAAUUCAUACAAUGCUGUUGCAGUGACACCAGGCAGAGUCGGAAUCAUUAUAUAACACUGAAGGGUUGUACGAGAUUUGGAAAAGACAUGAGAGCAUGGGAUGAUGGUAGCAGAAAAUGGACCAAAGGCUACAAAUGUUGUGGGGGUGUUAGGUGUCUCUAUUCCACAGAGUUGUUAAUGUAGAACAUAGAUGCAGGCAAAACGAAUCUAUAUAUGCAAACAGAGGUUUGGGAUUUUUCUUUUUUAAAUAAAGACUCAGAUCACCAAAGGGCUAGAAGGAACAGUGUUAUGGUGGGAAGCCCGGUACCUCUCAGGGGUCCCAGGCAGGCCACGGCGCAUCUGAAAGCACACGGGCACACAGACACACAGACACAUCUGCAUUCACACACACGCCCACACGCAAACCUAAAAACUGUCUCAAAGACCGCACGACAGGUGUAGCUGUGCGUUACUCUGUGUUCCUUUUAACAUGCAUUUAAAAACUGUAUUGUCACUUUAUAAAGCAUAUGUUAAACCUAAUAAAUGGACCAAUAAGCCACUUUAUCAGUAUUUUGUAUAUUGAGCAUAAACUCCUUAUGCCCUCAAUGUCUUUUCAGUGCUUAUGCAGACCUUUAGAGUUAGGCCUUUGUAUUCCAUUAUUAUUCAACACUAUGCUGUAUUUCUCUGUAGCUUCUGCUAUGCUAUUCUUAUGAAGUAAAAGGCAUAUUUCUGUCCAUUUUCCAGUCAUUAGAUCUUGUUUUUUUUUUGGGGGGGGGAAGGGUUCUCCAUUUUUAUACUGCGCUGUACCACAUUUAUUUCCAUAUUCAUUUCAUUAAAAGCCAAAAAAUUGC